GUCUACUUUACUUGCUUUCUGGUCAUUCCCUUUUCUUUCUCUAUACUGUGAUUCUCGGUUACUUCAUUAAUGGCGAAGGGGAGAAAGACGAAAGGCGGCACGAGCCAAGUAGUGAAGCCCAUCAUCUACUUGUAGUUCUAGUGAUGCUAAUGCAGUGAUGAAGGUGGAUCUUGAAGAUGGUAUUACCGCACAGCAUUUCGAAGUCUCCCAGGUUUCUUCUGGGCUGGAACAUAAAGACAGCAUUUUUACACUUUCAAUCAAUGAUGCCUGUAAUCAUAAAUUGAACGGUGAAGAGAAAUGGGCAAAACACUACAACUACAGUAACUACCAUAAGAUUUUGCUUGUGGGUGAAGGAGAUUUCUCCUUCUCUGCCAGUUUGGUUGCGGCUUUUGGCUCUGCUUCCAACCUCACUGCAACUUCCCUGAAUUCUAGAAAGGUUUUGAGGAAAGAUUAUGAGAAAGCUGUUUACAACAUUGAAGAGUUAAAAGGAAAGGGAGGGAAGGUGAUGUAUGGUGUGGAUGCUACUACCAUGGCAUCUCAUCCCAUCUUCAAGGGCUUGGCAUUUGAUUGAAUACUUUUCAAUUUUCCAUAUGCUAUCAUUCCCAAGAAUGGUACUCGCAAAGAUCAACUUUGGAGACAUCAAUCUCUUGUAAGAGGGUAUCUGAAAAGUGCCAAGGAGAUGAUCUGUGAAAAUGGUGAGAUCCAUAUAACUCAAAGGACAGAUGGAGGGUUUGAUGCUUGGAGAAUAGAGUUUAUUGCAUCUCAGCUGGGGCUUGAGCUUGAAGAAGCUGUUGAUUUUAACAUUUGUGAUUAUCCAGGCUACAGUCCCAAAUGGGGAAUGGCCAA